AACCAGAAGGAGCUUGCUGACACACUGGAGAAAAAUGAGCAUGCUAUGGUUUGCCAACGUGAACUCAAAUCUAAUCUAAAGAAGAAGUUUCAAUGUGUAUUUGAGGGGAUCGCUAAACAUGGAAACCCAACACUUCUCAAUAAGAUCUACACAGAGCUCUACAUCACAGAGGGGGGAACAGGAGAGGUCAAUAAUGAACAUGAGCUGAGACAGAUUGAGACAACAACCAGGAAACAAACAAGACCAGAGACGCCAAUCAAAUGUAAUGACAUCUUCAAACCCUUAACUGGACAAGACAAACUUAUCAGAACUGUGCUGACAAAGGGAGUUGCURGCAUUGGAAAAACAGUCUCUGUGCAGAAGUUCAUUCUGGACUGGGCUGAAGGAAAAGCAAAUCAGGAUGUCCAAUUUGUAUUUUCAUUCCCUUUUCGGGAGCUGAAUUUGAUGAAAGGGGACCAACACACUUUCAUUGAACUUCUUAAUCACUUCUCAAUGGAAACCAAACAAUCAAGAAUCUCCAACUUCGACAAGUACAAAGUUSUCUUCAUCUUUGAUGGUCUGGAUGAGUGCCGACUGCCCCUAGACUUCCAGAAGAACAAGAUCUGUUGUGAUGUCACAGAGUCAACCUCAGUGGAUGUUCUGCUGACAAAUCUCAUCAAGGGAAAUCUGCUUCCCUCUGCUCUCCUCUGGAUAACUACCCGACCUGCAGCAGCCAAUAAGAUCCCUUCAGGGUGUGUUGACCAGCUAACAGAGGUACGAGGGUUCAAUGACCCACAGAAGGAGGAGUACUUCAGGAAGAGAUUAAGUGAUGAGGACCUGGCCAACAGAAUCAUCUCACACAUAAAGACAUCAAGGAGCCUUCACAUCAUGUGCCACAUGCCAGUCUUCUGUUGGAUUUCUGCAACAGUCCUUGAACACAUGCUGGAACAUAAGAGAGAAGAGAUGCCCAAGACUCUAACUGAGAUGUACACACACCUUGUGGUGUUUCAUACCAAACAGAAGAAUGAAAAGUAUCUUAGGAAAGAAGAGACAGGUCCACACUGGAAUAAAGAGAGCAUUCUGUCACUGGGAAAACUGGCUUUUCAACAGCUUGUGAAUGGCAAUCUGAUAUUCUAUGAAGAAGACCUGAAAGAGGCUGGCAUUGAUGUCAAUGAAGCCUCAGUGUACUCAGGAUUGUGCACACAGCUCUUUAAAGAGGAAAGUGGGCUGUACCAGGACAAGGUGUACUGCUUUGUUCAUCUGAGCAUUCAGGARUUUCUGGCUGCUGUAUAUGUGUUCCUCUCAUUCAUCAACAACAAUGAGAAUCUAAUGGCCGAACCGCAAUCAACGCCCUGGAACUUUUCUGUGAGGAUCAAACAAAGGCGUAAAGUUACUUUCUACAAGAGUGCUGUGGAUAAAGCCUUACUAAGUGAGACGGGAAACCUGGACCUUUUCCUCCGCUUCCUUCUGGGCCUCUCACUGGAGUCCAAUCAGAAGCACUUACGAGGUCUACUGACAAAGACAAGAAGCAGCUCACAGAGCCAUGAAGAAACAAUCAAGUACAUCAAGGAGAAGAUCAGGGAGAAUCCCUCUCCAGAGAGGAGCAUCAAUCUSUUCCACUGUCUGAAUGAACUGAAUGACCAGUCUCUAGUGCAGGAGAUCCAAAGAUACCUGAGAUCCGGAAGUCUCUCAAAACCCAACCUGUCCCCUGCACAGUGGUCAGCUCUGGUCUUUGUGUUGCUGACUUCAGAAAAGGAGCUGGAUGUGUUCGACCUGAAGAAAUACUCCAGAUCAGAGGAAGGUCUUCUGAGGCUGCUGCCAGUGGUCAAAGCCUCCAGAGCUGUUCUACUCAGUGGCUGUAAACUCACAGACACAUCCUGUAAAGUGUUGGCCUCAGUUCUCAGUUCAAACCCCUCACACCUGAGAGAGCUGGAUCUGAGUAACAAUGACCUGAACGAUUCAAGAGUGAAGCUGCUCUCUGCUGGACUGGCGAAUCCCCACUGUAAACUGGAGACUCUGAGGCUGUCAGGCUGUCUAGUCUCCAAGGAAGGCUGUGCUUGUCUGGCCUCAGCUCUGAGUUCAAACCCCUCACACCUGAGAGAGCUGGAUCUGAGCUACAAUCACCCAGGAGACUCAGGAGUCAGACUGCUCUCUGCUGGACUGGAGGAUCCACACUGCAGACUGGAGAAACUCAAUGUGGAACAUGGUGGAGAGUACACAAUGAAACCUGGGCUGAGAAAAUAUGUCUGUGAUCUCACACUGGACCUAAACACAGUAAACAGACUCCUCUCUCUGUCUGAGGAGAACAGAAAGGUGACAUGGAGGAGACAGCUGCAGCCGUAUCCAGAACACCCAGAGAGAUUUGAGGACUGGCAGCAGGUGCUGUGUAGAGAGGGUCUGACUGGGCGCUGUUACUGGGAGAUAGAGUGGAGUGGGAGAGAGGUUGUUAUAGGAGUGACAUAUAAAGGAACAAACAGGAGAGGAGAGUUUAAUGACUGUUAUCUUGGAUACAAUGACAAGUCCUGGAGUCUGUUCUGCUCUGACAUCAGUUACAGAGCCUGUCACAAUAAUAAUUCCAUUAGCAUAGACGUCUGCCCCUCCAGCUCCCACAGAGUAGGAGUGUAUCUGGACUGGCCAGCUGGCACUCUGUCCUUCUAUAGAGCCUCCUCUGACACACUGACCCACCUGAUCACAUUCACCUCCACAUUCACUGAACCCCUCUAUCCAGGGUUUAGGGUUUAUGAUGUUGACUCCUCAGUGUCCCUGUAAAUAAUAACCUGACACACACA